UUUCUCUUCCAGCCCCAGAAGCUUUGAAAAUUUUGACAGAGAAAGACCACGUGCUUCUCUUCUGGAAGAGCCUGGCGGUCCGAGAGAGGGGCUUUAACGAGAGCAGGGGAUAUGAAGUGCACAUGUUUGACAGCGUCAUCAACCAGACGUCAUACCUUGGAAACACCACAGACACAUACUUCCGUAUCAGCAGCCUGCUUGCAGGACACAACUACACGUUCUCAGUACAAGCACGCUGCCUGGUUGGUGGACAGCUUUGUGGGGAAUCUGCACUGCUGCUCUAUAUCCCCCCAAAAGGGAUCGUUGAUGCUUCUCGGAGUGAGAACCAUUCAAAGGACAUGGCUUCAGUGGUGGUUCCAGUCCUCUUCCUGCUGCUGCUGGUAGUGGGUGGAGGUUUGGUGGCGCUUUACCUUCGACACCGCCGUCUGCAGAACAACUUCAGUGCCUUUGCCAACUCCCACUACAACUCACGCCUGGGCUCUGCUAUCUUCUCUUCUGGGGAUGAACUGGGUGACGAUGAUGAAGAUGCUCCCAUGAUCAGCGGUUUCUCAGAUGAUGUCCCCAUGGUUAUCGCAUAGCCCGACACUCCCCUUCCUGUUGUUUUCCUGCUGCCUGUUUCUGUCUUGGUCCCGUUCUGCGACGCAGUGGUACGAUGGAGCGCUAAGCUAAAAGACCCAAACUCAACUCCAUUUUGAGUUCAGUGAGGAGAGUUGGACCCAGUGUUCAGGAACGCUGAAGAAAAAUGGAGAAGCUUAAAAAGAGUGAGAUAUUUUUCAAAGAAAUGAUGCACUUUUUUGAUGCGCAAUAACUUAUUUUUUUAUAAAGUGAAUCAUGUUUAUGAGUUUAAAAAGGACAGGAAAGAAGAGUUGGACACUGAAGAAAACUGUGAAGAGUCUGAGUUUGUCCAGCAGUCUGGGGAAAGACCCUGUUUGUGAUGAAAACUCGCGGU